CUCCUCCCUUCCUCCCUCCCUCUUCCUCUCGCUCCGGGCUGAAUUAGUUCCUCUCCCAGUGUGGCGUCUGCUGGCUCCCAGAGCUCGUUUCUUCUCCUUUUUUUUCGCGCGCUCUGCGAUUUGGGGCCGCCGGUUCCUGCUUAAGAGUCUGGAGGAAUUUUUGUGACUCCCCUUUUCCUUUCUGGCAGCAAGAGGGAACGGCGGCGAAGGCCAGUGUGCGGAUGAAGGACCUGCUGCAGUAGCGGGCAAUGAGGGCUCCUGUCCGGGUGCAGCUGCAGCCCCACAAGGACAUUGGUCGGGAGCUGCGCUGCAGCUGAGCGAAGGGCUCCGGCUCGUCACCCCCACCGCGAUCGGCGACGGCCACCCUUUUCCAAGCGGGGAAAAAAGAAAGCAGAAGCUGCGAUCGGUGCCGCUGACCCCCUCCCCUUCCCCGCAAAAGCCAGUCUGAGUCUCCGGAGGAGAAAGGCUGCUGUUUUACCCCACACAUACACACACCCCACUCAAGGAUUGAGGCCAUUCUGGCGGAAGGGUGCGAAGGGGGGCUAGAUCUGGGGUUUAACAAUGGUGGGGCUUCUGGCGAGCUCCUGCUGCGCCCUGGCCGCGUCGGUGCUGCUCCAUCCCGGUUUCGGAUCUCGGUGAGGAAAAAAUGAACGAAGAGACGGUGAAUUCUAACCAUGAUAAUAGUUAUGCCCGUGUGCGAGCUGUGGUGAUGACCCGUGAUGACUCAAGUGGUGGAUGGUUACCACUUGCAGGGGGUGGACUAAGCUACGUCACCAUUUUCAAAGUCAUUCACCAAGAAGAAAGUGGCUGUGCUGAUUUUCUUAUACAUGGGGAACGUCUCAGGGAUAAAACGGUGGUUUUGGAAUGUACGUUAAAGAAGGAGCUUAUUUACAAUAAGGUUACGCCAACUUUUCACCACUGGAAGAUUGAUGAAAAAAAAUUUGGCCUCACAUUUCAAAGUCCCGCUGAUGCAAGAGCAUUCGAUAGAGGAAUUCGUAGGGCUGUUGAAGAUAUAUCUCAAGGUUGUUUGACCUCACAUGAUGAAAUCGAAGUGCCUGCAGAUGGCUUUCCAGCAAUUCCAGAAAAUACAUCAAGUUUGCUAAUGAAAGAUCCAAUUUUCCAACAUGACUCUCUAGCAAGCAAUGAUCCUCACAAAACCUUAUGUAUAAGACCUUCGGUCUUUGAAGAUUUGAACAACAGGAGAUUGUACUUCCACAACCAGCCAAACCAGAUACCCCAGAAGCCAGUCAGGAGUGUCACUUUUCAGGACGAAGAAGAAAUUGUUCGGAUAAACCCUCGUGAUAUUCUAAUCCGUCGCUAUGCAGACUAUCGGCAUCCUGAUAUGUGGAAAAAUGACUUGGAUAGGGAUGAAAUAGAUUCCUCGCUGCACUGCCCUAAAGCAGACCAUAAAAAAUCGGACUAUCUCUACCCAUCCGGAGAUGGGCCUAAACUGAAUUCCCUAAAAGAUUCUAAGAGUUCUGUGGUACUCAAAACACAGCCUUCUUCUAUCAAAUUGAAAAAAUCUAAAAAAAGGAAAGAGGAUGGUGAGCGCUCUCGAUGCAUAUACUGUCAAGAGAGGUUUAACCGUGAAGAGAAUGGCCGAGGCAAAUGCCAAGAUGCUCCAGACCCGAUUAGAAGAUGCAUAUACCAAGUUAGCUGCAUGCUUUGUGCCGAGAGCAUGCUCUACCACUGCAUGUCAGACUCCGAAGGGGACUUCUCUGACCCUUGCUCCUGCGACACGAGUGACGACAAGUUUUGCCUACGAUGGCUCGCCCUCGUCACUCUGUCGUUCAUUGCGCCAUGUAUGUGCUGCUACCUCCCGCUAAGAGCGUGCCACCACUGUGGCGAAAUCUGUGGAUGCUGUGGAGGAAAACAUAAAGCUGCAAGUUGAAGAAGCCCAGUGCAAAAAUGGGCUGACAAGUCUUUGUUGCUGGGAAGUAUCCAAUUCAUGGAAGCACUUGGCAUGCAGAAGGGAAAACCCACCCUAUAGGAAAGGCCUCUUGUGGAAGAGAUGUCAGAACUGUGGCAUUUGACCAAUGCAAGCCAUGCCUAAUCUACUUUUUAAGUGCAUAGACAAGUGGUGAAGGAGUUCUUGCAACCUGAAAGCCUUUCCUUCCGAUUGGUCUUUGAAAGAAGUAUAAACUCCAUACUUCAGCACUCUGUACAUUUUGUGCUAUAGGUGAUGGGGGGGAACACUCUUUGAAAUAAUCAAUUUGGCAGAAAACUUAAUUACACCUGCACUAGGGAAAGCUGAUUGAAAACUAAAGGAAGUUAAUGUCUUGGCAGAUAUGAAAAAUUAAAUUGAUUUUAAGUGCAACUAAAUUACUUAUAAAUAGUUUUGGGAAACAGUUUUAUGUACAAAUAACAAAUGUUUAUAUUUAACAAAAUAUACGGUACAAAUUGUUAAAUCUUUCUUCCACUUUCCAGUUCAGCAGUUAUGGACCUUGUUUUCCAGGCACAUUCCGUGAUAGUAUUUAUCAGUUUUAAAUACUUAGUAUUUUUAUUCAAAUAGAGAAAUCAAUAUUUUCAGUCUUAUUUCCCUUCAACUACAUUUUUGUAUUAAUUUUCUUCUGUACAUUCUGGUAAUCUGAAAGCCUUUAAAUAUUAAUUAUUGUAGUCUUGAAUGACCAAUGUUUUGUUAAGCACAGAUAUAAUUGUCUAAUGCUCUUAUGAGAACAUAACAUUUAUUUUUAUAUAUAAAUAACUCUAAUUUCAAUGUAAUGGCAAGAUUUUACCCCUCCCUUUCUCGCAGCCAGCAAAUUUUCUUUUAGGAUUUCCUCCUAAAAAUUUUGAUGACAGAUGUUUGGGAAGAGAAAAUUACCACUUCGAAAUUGUUUAAAAUAUAUGCUUAUAACUUUAUUUCAACUCGGUGCCAGUUAUUUCUUUAUAUGUUUCCAUUAUUUUACUUUUAUUUGACCUACCACAAGUUAAACUUAUGCUGUAUGACAAACUGUAGUCCAGGUAGGAAAAAACAAGUUAAUUUCUUGUUGAAUGAAAAUGGAUUUUAUUUUGUCUUUGAGUUGUAUUAAUGAAUAUAUUUAACUUAACAUUUGGCUGUGUGUUCUAAAUGCCAUUUCUGGUAAUUCCUAAAUGUUAUCUAUCAUAUGGCAUAAUAACAUAAUUAAGCAUAGAGGAUUUUUAUUAAUAAAAGUUUAAAGCAGUGGAGCAGUCGUUCAUUCAAAAAGGUUAAAGGGUGUGGAGAAGGAAGUAAAAUAUGUCUUUAAUAUGUUUUUGGAUUAAAAUUAAAAUUUCACAAUUUUUAA